AUGCCUCAACUGAUGGCGCUGCCAACGCAGCUACAGCAACUCGCCGCCAGGCCCAUCCUCCAGCGCUCUUCACCCCUCGCCUUCCUCCUCCCGCAAUCCCGCAAUGCCUCAAUCCUAGCCUCUCUCUCCGACAAUCCCUCCGCUUACAACAAGCGCAUCCGGAGAGGUCGCGGUCCAUCCUCAGGCAAGGGUAAGACCUCCGGCCGCGGUCACAAGGGUCAAGGCCAGCACGGCAAAGUUCCCGCCCGCUUUAAUGGUGGCCAGACGAAGGAUAUCAUCGUCCACGGUGAGCGUGGUGGUGUCAACAUCUUUUCCGUCGACAUGGCAACAGUCAACCUAGACCGCAUCCAAGCCUGGAUCGACCAAGGCCGCCUAAACCCAUCCCUCCCAAUCACCGUAAAAGAACUCCACAGCUCCGGCUGCAUCAACCGGCCAAUCGACGGAGUCAAGAUCCUAGGCGACGGCGCCGAAUCCCUAAAACAACCCAUCCACAUCGUCGCCUCGCGCGCUUCCGCCUCCGCCAUCAACGCCAUCGAGAAUCUUGGGGGGUCCGUCACGACACGCUAUUACACUGCCUCUUCGAUCCGACGCAUUCUGGCCGGCGAGACGCAUUCGUUUAUUUCCGAGCAGUGGGACCUGAAGUCCGGUUCGCCAGGUUUGCUGCAGGCUGCUGCGGCGGCUUAUCGCGCUGCCCAGGGUGCUGAGGUUGUGUCUGCGGCUGAGCCUGUUGAUGUUGAUGUUCUGGAGGUCGCGACUGGUAAGUAUCGACUUCCCGAUCCGACUAAGCGUCGCGAUAUUGAGUACUAUCGUGACCCUGCGCAUCGGGGUUACUUGAGCCACUUGCUCAAGGGCUCUGAGGGUCCUAGUCUCUUCUUCCGUUCUUCUGAGGAGCGGAAGUCUGCUGCUGGUGUUACGAAGAAGAAGGUCUUGCCGGAGAACAGACUUUGGUAG